UGACAAGAGCCGACUCCACCUAGUUAUCUCUACUCUCCCUCUAAAUAUUCCGCCGGAGCCUCCGAGUAGCAAAUAACAAUGUCUACUUUCAUGUCCCCUGAACGUCCUGCCAAAAGGGUCCGCCAGGCAUGUGAACCGUGUCGCCGGAAGAAAUCAAAAUGCCCUGGAGAGAAGCCUGCAUGCUCGCAUUGCCUACGAUUGGGCCAACAGUGCAUAUAUUCGAAUGGUUAUUCGAAUGACCAUCCUGUGAAUGAUCGCCGUUAUUCCGAAACAACCGAGGUUAAUGUAGCGCAUCGUGGCAGUACAGGGUUGCCAAACGAGGCAAGCUUUACGGAAGGGCAGUGGGGUGACCGUUUGAGUAGUCUGGAGGGCAAAGUUGCCGAGGUCUUGGGAGUUCUGAACCGGAUACCUUUCAGUGCGAGUCUACCUUCACCCAGUCCUUCGAGUAACGUGACUUCCGCGCGGAAUGUACUCGAGCGAUCUCCACAGGCUGCGAAUAGUCUUCUUCCGCCUUGGGAAUCUGUAAUAGUUGUAGCAGAAUCGUACCUUACGUACUGCAACUGCCAGCCGCUCCCUUUGUUCGACCAGGGCCAUUUCUUAUCCAGUCUGAGCGGAAGAGAUCCGGAGCUACUCUUCUCAGUUUUGGCCUUGGCUGGACGCUUCUCCGACGAACCUAUAUUUCAAAGAAACCGAGACAGUGUCAUCAAUGGAUUCGCUGAUACGGCAAGAGAUGUGGUCAUGCGGAGAGUCUCCCAGGGUCCCGUCGAGCUUUCGACGUUGCAAUCACUAUGUAUUUUGAGCCUAGUGGACUUCAGUAAUGGCAACACUCACCGAGCAAGUAUCUACAGUACUCUUGCACAGGACUUGGCCCAAUGUGCCGGUAUGGCCACCGAAUGUCAUGCCCCUCUACAUGACCCAGUACACGAAGAAAGAAGGCGAUGCUUUUGGAGUAUCUGUCUCCUGAAGCGACUUCACGGAAGCGCGACUCUACUAGCAGCAGACGAACAAGUACCACAAUAUCCCUCGAGUCCAGAAAGGCCUGCAAUUUCUUCCAGUGAAAGUUCACCAUCGCCAGCGGCGGGCGCGAGAACUCCAGCAGACACCCCUGUUGAUAUGGGGAUAUUAGCUUAUUGUGUCUCACUGAGCGACUUCUGGUGCAAAGCGGUUCGGUAUGCGCGUAGAAGAGCCAAUCCAGGCACGCAUCCGCCUUGGUCAGCCCGAUCCGAAUACUCCAAAAUCAAAGUCGAGUUGAUGGACUUCGAAGCACGCAUGCCUUACAAGCAUCGAUUUAGGCCAGCGAGGUUCGGCGACUACUCCCCUGAAGACCUUCAAGCAAAUCGUGGCUACUGGGCUCCUUGGCUGCUCCAGCAAAUAAUUUACCACGCGGUCAUUUGCCUGCUGAAUCAUCCGUUACUGCUCUCGCUCCGUCUCCGCAACUUCCGCGGCGUUAUCCCUGAGAUUUUUCUCCAGCACACCGCGUUCUUGAUAACAACACAUUCAGACUGGAUUGCUCAUUUUAUCGACCUUCUAAAUACCAAAUCAUUUGAUGCCUCUGACCCUUUCCUGGGGCACUGCGUCGCUAUUGUUGGAACGAUAUUCCUCCAAAAAUGCUUCACAGAUGACGAUGAAGUGCGUAAAUCGAAGCGGGAGGAUUUCAUCAAGUGCCUCACAUUUCUACGCAAAAUGGGCGAGAAAUGGCCUCACAUACAAAUCAUAGCCCGCAAGCUCGAACAGUUUGAAGAAACGGUUGCCGCUUCGCAUCGCGACUCUGCAGCAACGCCAAACUCCAAUACUCCACAACAAUCCGUCUUUAUCGACCUGACCUUGUUCUGGGAAAUACUCGAGUCGGUCCUGACCUCCGAGUCCGCAGACGCUUCCGGCUCACUUUUCGGGUCCUCGCUAUGGCCUCACCGCCGAGCAUACGUGGCCGGCGCCAGUGAAGUCGUCAGCACGCGCCUGCUGCCCGACCCUACACCCGUCGGCGAUGGAGUAGCUAUCAACAGGUCCAAAAGGCGGGAUGUGACGGCGGACCCCUUUGCCUCGGCGGAGUUGUUGGGACAGUUUGGGUUGGCUGGCGACGAUCAGGAGAUGGCUGUGCUGGCACAGAGCUAUUUUGCCCAAGGCCAGGACUUUGUAAGAGGCAUUGAUGAUUUGUGGAACAUCGGUUGAUCUCUUGACUUGCUUCCAAUAUACCCUUCUAUGGCUCUGAGGCAUUU